AUGCAAACACCUGAACCUGGAAGAGGUAAUGAAGAAAUAAGUCCUAGGUGCUUAUGUUGUAUUUGUGAACAAGAAGUUACAUUAUUAAAAGAAAAUAAAUUAAAAACAACGAAAUUAUGUAUAUUAAUAUUACGUUCUUUAAAAAAGUUACAUCCAAUGAAUGAUUAUUUCUCUUUAAAAAAAGACAUUUAUUUAUUUAUUAAAAAUCAUUGGAAUAUCUUAGGAAAAAUCAAAUUAUUUCAAAAACCAAAUUGGAAAAAAUGUAUUCUUGAUGCUUUAAAUCAUUGUUCAUCAAUAGAAUCAGGAAAAGAUGUAUUUCAUUAUCGUGGAUAUUACAGAUUAUGUGAUGAAAAAUCAAUACCUACAAAAGAAAUUUUAUUUGAAAAAGAUAAAAUCAAAGAAGAUUUAUUUAAUAGUAUCGAUGUUUUGUCUAGACAAAUUGAAACUAAUAUAAAAUUAUUAAAUUUACUUUAUCAUGAAAUUCCAUUUAAAAAGAAUGAUCGAAAGAGUUAUGAUUUUAUCAUUACCACUCGUGAUAUUCUUGAACGACAAAAGUAUUUUUAUCAAAAAAUUUGUUAUUCUAGUUCUAUUCUUUUAUCUCAUUUAUGA